AUGAAUGAAUUAAUUCUUGCUAUGCGUUUUCAUCCUCGAUCACGUACUUCUGAACGUGAAGAAAUCGAUGUUGAACAUCAUUUAAUUCAUUUCUAUGAUUUUGCUGAUGUAAUUAUACCUAAAUUACUUAAUAAUGAUUAUAAACCAACUGAUGAACAAUAUUUAUUGAAAUGUUUUAAAAAACUUGAUCAAAAUAAUAAAAAUUAUUUGCAUAAAAAAUUGUUUGUUCAAACAAUGUCAACGAUGGAAGAUGCUUUAGAUAAAAAUGAAUCAGAAGAUUUACUAAAUUUUUUAAUUAAAAAUGAAAAUUUAUCAAUUGGAAAUUUACCGGAUUUUUUUGACUAUAAACGAUAUAUUAAACAUUUAUUACCACAGCGACAUCUGAUUUACCUUGAUCUUGGCGUUGCAAAAUGA